CAGUUGCUAGACACACUGGAGGGUGGGUGUGCAACAGUGCUCUCGCUCAGUCCAUGUGAGAGUUUGGAAAGCAGCAUAUUCCGUCAUGGUUUGAUUAUAUACACUGCUUGAUUACACUUUAUUCUUUCGAGUUCAAACGAAAUAAAAGCCUCACCUUAGAGCUUUCAAAGAAUACAAUCUGGGAUCUAGUACUUGUUUUACGAUAUUACGUGAAAUUAAAAAAAUAAAAGGUUUGCGGUCCUCUUUGAGUAGAUUAAGAUCUUGUUUGAAAACGGAUUUGGGAAUAAGAAACUUUUGAGAACUUUCCCCGGUGAGGCUAGAGGAGAGAGACGGACUUGUCGCAAGCUCCACCUGCUGCUGCUUGUUACUUUUGUUGCUGCACAAUGGCGGAAGGAAGCGGUGUAACAUGGCAGACUUUCUGGGCCCACGGGAGAAUGUGUGCAGUCCACCCGUGGGAGGUGAUGUUCUCAAUCAUCACCACCACCGUCGCCAUGAUAUCCCUCGCUGACUGGUACAAGACUCCGAGCCUCCCACGUACCCCACAGGAGUACCAGGGACUAGAUGUUGUGGUGAUGACAGUUCUGCGAUGCUCUGCGCUGCUUUACACCUACCACCAGUUCCGCAACUUGCACAGGAUUGGCUCUAAGUACAUUGUGGGGAUUGCUGGACUGUUUGUGGUGUUUUCAAGCUUUGUGUUCACCUGUUCUGUCAUUAAACUUUUGGACAGUGAUGUUUCUGAUCUCAAAGAUGCUUUGUUUUUUUUCCUACUUCUGGUGGAUCUUAGUAGGGCUAGCCUUCUGGCUCAGUUUGCCUUGUCGUCCUCCAGUCAGACGGAAGUCCACACGAAUAUUGCUUACGGCAUGGCUCGUCUAGGACCUUCUCUCACGCUUGACACUAUUGUUGAGGCCCUAGUCAUUGGUGCUGGCACACUCUCAGGUGUCAGCCGUCUGGAGCAGAUGUGUGCAUUUGCCUGCAUGUCCAUUGUUGUUAACUACAUUGUCUUCAUGACCUUCUUCCCUGCCUGUCUCUCUCUUGUCCUCGAGCUGUCAAACAGAUGCUCUUCUGGACAACCUCCAUGGCAGAUGGCAACGCUAGCUCGUGCCAUGGUCGAGGAAGAGAAGCCAAAUCCUGUUGUCCAGCGAGUCAAGGUUAUAAUGUCUGCUGGUCUCCUGCUAGUACAUGGCAUCACCCGUUGGUCGCUCUCCCUUUCAUCAAAUACUGUUACACUGAUGGACAAUGCUUCUUUUAACUCGUCUACUGAUCCACAUGUUAUUGUCAGAUUGCUGGAUGCAGGGCUGGACCACAUUGUGUUUAUGGUGAUUCUCGUUGCUCUGAUUGUCAAGUAUGUGCUGUUUGAGUCACAAGGUCAGUUAGAGGAAAAUCUCAUCCAUGAUAGUCUUCAGCCCUCUCAGGAUUCCCUCGAUAACUCUGGGCUUUCUGGCAAAGGAAUUCUGCGUCAACGUACUAGAAUCCGCACUGUCAGUUUUAAUUCCCACUGGGAGGAAUUGGCAAUGGCAACUUCUAAGGAGGAUCGUGGUACACAAACAGAGAUACCCAAGACUUACAUUAAAGAACAUGGGGAUGAGGAUGAGGAUAAGCCUCCUAGAUCAUUAGAAGAAUGUGUUGCUGUUAUGAACUCUCAGGGAGGUGUGAGAUCAUUAACUAAUAAAGAAAUUGUACAAAUGGUGGAGAAGAAACAUGUUCCAAGCUACAAAUUAGAGACAGUUUUGGGCAACCCACUGAGAGCUGUUGGUAUUCGUAGAGCAAUUGUGGCACCACACACUGCUAAACAUGGCUCCAUGGAUGCUCUGCCAUAUGACAACUAUGAUUACACUAAGGUGAUGGGUGUAUGCUGUGAGAAUGUAAUAGGUUAUGUACCUAUACCAGUGGGUGUUGUUGGUCCUCUACUUAUGAAUGGAAAAAAGUAUAUGGUUCCCAUGGCAACUACUGAAGGGUGCUUGGUUGCCUCUACCAAUCGUGGUUGUCGUGCUUUGGUUAAUGGAGUGAAGAGUACAGUAAUCCGUGAUGGAAUGACUAGGGCUCCUAGUGUUCGGCUUCCUACCGCUGCACGAGCUACGGAGGUGUACACAUGGACUAGAAAUAGAGAGAACUUUGCUAUCAUCAAAGAAGGAUUUGAUUCAACCAGCCGUUUUGCUCGUCUACAAGAAUUGCAUGUUGGAAUUGCUGGACGAUUACUGUACAUGCGCUUUGUGGCUCAAACUGGUGACGCUAUGGGGAUGAACAUGGUAUCCAAGGGUACAGAGGCAGGACUCAAGACCCUGAAAAAAUACUUCCCAGACCUUGAGGUCUUGAGUGUUAGUGGCAACUAUUGUGUGGACAAAAAGCCGUCGGCCAUUAAUUGGAUUGAGGGCCGAGGCAAAUCUGUUGUGUGCGAAGGUAUUGUGCCUAGCAAAGUGGUUACGUCCAUCCUGAAAACUACUGUGGCAGCUCUUGUAGAAGCCAAUAUUACUAAGAAUUUGGUAGGAUCAUCAUUAGCUGGUUCAAUAGGAGGCAACAAUGCUCAUGCAGCAAAUAUCGUAGCAGCAGUAUAUAUCGCAUGUGGUCAGGAUCCUGCUCAAGUGGUUGGAAGCAGCAACUGCAUGACCUUGAUGGAAGCUUGGGGUGAAAAAGGAGAGGACCUACACAUAACAGUCACCAUGCCCUCUCUAGAAGUUGGCACAGUGGGUGGAGGCACUGGACUUGGACCUCAGUCUGCCUGCUUGACUAUGCUUGGGGUUAAAGGAGCACACCAAGAAAACCCAGGUGAGAAUGCAUGCCAGUUAGCAAAGAUAAUUGCAGGAACAGUGCUAGCUGGUGAGCUUUCCCUGAUGUCUGCACUAGCAGCAGGACACCUGGUGAAGAGCCACUUGGCUCACAACAGGGCCAAAAGUGGAACCAGUUCACCUUCUGCAUCUAUUACCAAUGGUGGGGUUCCAACUGCAGCUGCUACCAUCACCACUUCCUCAGUAACUGAUAUUUCCACUAAUGCAGAUAGCCAUCCAACUGGGAAGGCUGUUGUGCCUGCAAUAAAUUCUAGCACUACAAGUGACAAAGUGGAAGCUUUUGGUGCAAAGCCAAUUACAAAUUGUUUUGAAAGAGGCAAUACAAUAGUCAACAAGGCAGCCACCCAAAAAACUAAUUUACCACCAACUGGUGUAGUGAUUGAUGGUAAACAAGGAGACAGUGGACUGAGUGAAAAGGCUGUCACUUCAAAUAUGUCACCUUGUCUAGAUCCAGCAAAUUUUUCAGUGCCACAUUUUAGUGACAGGUAAAAAGAAUUAAAAAAAAAAAAAAAAAAAAA